UUUAGCCCAACUUAAAAUAAUUUUGAGCACAUCAAAAUUGUUUCUUGUUUUUAAAGAUUUUUUGUAUCUUUUUUGAUUCAGUUAUGGAUCAAAAUCCUAUUGAUGAUUCCUCAAGAAAUGUUCAUGAUUUGGGUCCAAUUUAUUUUGGAACUCUACACGAUGAAAGUGAAGUAAAUGAAGAAGAACUUCGCCCACCAACUUUAGGGAAUAAUCGGAAUUUUCAGCGUUUUCAAGGGCUUUUGGGAGAUCCUGUGGAUUUAGUAACAAAUUGUAUUCAAAUAUUUUGUGAUCCAAACUGGAAGUUGCAAAAAUAUGGGAUACAUUUUAAACCGAAUGUCAACAGAAAUAUUAAAAAUGAAUUGUUAAUUAAACACAUAUCAUUUUUGGGAGAAUAUGUUCUUGACGGAAAUACUAUGUACAGCUUUGUAAAAUAUGAAUCAAAAACAUUUACCAUUUAUGAACAAUAUGGUCUUAGUGGUUCGUUGGUAAUGAUCACUAUAAACCAUUUGUCUGAAGUAGAAGGAAGUGAUAUUGCAACAAUGCCAAUUGUUUUAAAAUUUUUUGAAAAUUGUCUUAGACACUUAAAAUUUGUUAAGGCAGAAUCAUUUUACUUUGACCGGGAAGCUACAAUAACUCAUCAAAAACUUGGAUUAUGCUAUUGGCCUGGGUAUCUGCUUGGAGUCAGAAAAUGUAAUGAUCAAUUUGCAUUAUGCGUUGAACUAUUAAAUAGUUGCACGGCUUCAAAAACAGUUUUAGAUUUUUUCCAUGUAAGCUGUGGAAAUAACAGAAAUAUAAGCCCUAGCUUGAUGAACAAUUUUAAAGCUAGUGUUAUUGGUACUGUAGUUCUAACAUCAUACAAUAAUAAACUGUACAAAAUACAUGGUGUUAAUGAAAAUUUAAAUAUUAACUCAACAUUUAUUGAUGAAGAUGGAUUAAGGAUAUCGUAUAAGGACUACUAUGAACAAAAAUGGAAUAUAUCUUCUUUGGAUGAACAACAGCCAAUGUUGAAAACUACAAAUCAUGAUAAUUAUUUUGAUACAUUAUACCUUGUUCCACAACUAUGUAUUAUAACCGAAUUUACUGAUAUUAUAAGGUAA